AUGACCCGAGCCGAUCGAGGUCCCCAAGCCCGGCACUGCAGUGGGCCCUGCACAACCACUGGAGGACUCCACCUGGCCCUCCCUGUCUGCAGCGAAGUGGAUUCUCCCGUCUUGACCAGAGACAAGGUUGGGCAUAAAGAGAAAACCAUCCCGAUCUCAGAUCUCCGUUUGAGUGUCUCGUGGUCCUCUCGAGUCUCUCGAGUCUCUAGCACGGAACAUACACAUUACCCCAUCGGCCUUGGAAAUGACAUGACUCGAGCGGUUCAAGUGUUUCAACACUAUUGCCAGGCAAUUCCAAGAUUGACGAGAGCGACAUUUGUGAACAUUCUCCUCCUUCCAUUUUUUCUUUUCUUUUUCCUCUUUUUUGUUUUCAAUUGCAAUUCGCAAGUGAACAAGUACUGUUGA